AUGGCUGCGGAAAAGUCGAGGAAGCAUGGCAAACACUCACGGAACACAUCAAAUGAGAGCAUUGCAGAGUCUGUAGCGUCUGACUCUAGCACCUACGAACAGCAAGAAGCGGCGCCAUGGCGGGCGCUCUUCGCUUUCACAACCAGAAGGAAUGUACCUCUUCUGGUGUUUGGCAUCGUUGUCUCGAUCGCAGCUGGUGCAACCAGUCCUGCACAGAGCCUGGUUGUCGGCGAGCUGUUCGACGGCUUCACGCGCUACGCUGCGGGGACUCUCGAAAAUGAAGCAUUCAUGAAACGCGAGUCGAAAUAUGUCCUUUACCUCACGAUCAUUGCUGCUGCAAACUGGGUUCUGCAUUCCCUCGAGUUCAUGGCCUGGCUUGCCUUUGGUGAGCUGCAGGCCAAGAGCGCACGCGAUCGACUCUUCUAUGGGCUUCUUGAUAAGGAGGUGGAAUGGUACGAUAUGCGAAAAAAUGGUAUCGGAGCACAGUUGCCAAGAAUGCAAGCUCAGAUUCGUGAGCUUCAACUGGCAAGUGCGCAGCCUCUAGGAUCGAUGUUUGCAUUGGCCGCGACCGCAAUUCUCUCCUUACUUCAAGCAUUUCUCAAGUCAUGGAAGCUCACACUCGUAACGCUUGCUUCAUCGCCUGUCAUUCUGGCGCUUGCGGUGUGGGCAGGCAAUGGCAUGCAGAAGAAUUUGUUGAAACAGCAAGAGAAGCUCACAGAAGCUCAAAAGUACUCUACUAGCGCUUUUGCCGCCAUAGAGACUGUGAAAUGCUUCAAUGGCCAGGGACUAGAACGCGACAAGUAUUACGACGCCAUCGCAAAGGCUGCACGGUGGUACGGAUGGGUCGCACAUUCGAGCGCCCUUCAGAUGGCUUUCGUGGUCAUGCUUUCCGUGUCCAUGUUCGUCCAAGGCUUCUACUAUGGCGGAGUGCUGAUCGCUCAAGGCCACAUCGACUCUGGAGACGUGGUUACGACCUUCUUCUCGGCAAUUGGCGCUUUCCAGGCCAUUCAAGGUAUUCUGCCACAGAUGAUUGUUCUUGAGAAAGGCCGUACUGCUGGCCACACGCUGCGAAAAAUCAUGGCUUCCGUAGAGGACAAGUCGUUAGCAGAAAAGAAGGAUCGCUUGCUCUCACCCGGACAAUGCAAAGGCGACAUCGAGGUCAGGGGUCUCACCUUCGCAUACCCAUCACGAAAGGACAUACUUGCUGUUCAAGACAUCAACCUGCAGAUCCGCAGCGGUGAGAUCACGUUCCUGAUUGGGAGGUCUGGGUCCGGCAAGAGCACUAUCAGUCAACUGCUGAUGCGCUUUUACACAUCGCCGCCGGAAACGAUCUUCGUGGACGGCCUUCCGCUUGAGUCAUUAGACACCGCAUGGCUACGGACCAAUGUCACGUUGGUUGAGCAGACCAGCCUUCUGUUCAAUGAUACGAUGUUCAGAAACAUUGCCUUUGGUCGAGGCGAGCACUACGGCGAAGUGCAAAGCGAGGAGAUCUUAGAAGCCGUACAGUUUGCGCUGUUGCAACUAAUGAUCAACGACAUGCCCCAAGGGCUUGAUACUAUGGUAGGCUUUAAAGGUGGCAAUAUGUCUGGAGGUCAACGUCAGCGUGUGGCAUUAGCAAGAGCCAGGAUAAGAGACACGCCAGUGCUGAUCUUAGAUGAGUCUACAAGCGCGCUCGACCACAUCACUAGGACUCUCAUCAUGGAAGCGAUCCGGCGUUGGCGUCAGGGCAAGACCACUAUCAUCAUCACCCACGAUAUCUCUCAGAUCACACCUGACGACUACAUCUACCUUCUGGAGAACAGCAGACUCGUACAAGAAGGUUAUCGCAAGCAUAUGGAGAAGAUGAAAGGAACGCCGUUCCAAGAUUUCCUCUCCGAGGAAGAGAAAAUGUUGAACUCACCUCUUUUAGCCCGCCACUCGACCGAUGAAGAAUCGCUUAUGGACACGGACUCAUUGGAGUCACUUCACAUCUACCACGAUCGCUCCGGCUCGUACUUCGAUCCUCUCGAUGCAGCGCUGACCAGAACUGAGACCAAGAUCAAAAGGCAGUCAAAGUUGCCUAAUGUCUUUCAAGAGGGCAGCCCAAUGCCUAUGAUGCGUGCAUACCAGACAGGUCCUUCAUCAGCCUUCGCAUCGCCAUGGAUGCGCUUGGCUGGAAAUUUCUCUCCUGUAGACACACCAGGAAUUGGGCAGAAACGCUCGCCGCCUUCACCGACUCAAACCACGCCUUCAGAUCGCAGCAGUCCGGGUGGUGCUACGCGUUGGUCGCAAGCGUUUGAGAAGCUUGUCAAUCAGACUGGAAUGUUUGCUGCCGAAGCUAGACGGCCGGUCUCUGGUGCAGCGAGGAAAAGACGACCACUUCAAGAUAUUGAAGAGAUACCGUUGACUGGCCCAGAGGACGCGCUGGCAAAAUUGGAAGGCGGCGGUGAAGCUGAGACGGACAUCGAGGAGAACAACAAGAAGCUCAAGGUCAUCUUUCGCACUAUAUGGCCGAACCUCAGCUGGCAAGCCCGUGUUGUGUUGAUAGUCGGCUGGUUGGGGGCCACCAUUCAUGCUGUGAGCUCUCCGAUAUUCUCAUUCGUGCUGUCGAAGCUACUGGAGACCUACGCCAUUCCUGGAGGUGCAAAGAAUAAGCAACUUGUCUACGCGCUUGCAAUUCUAGGCAUUGCCUUGGUUGACGCCUCUGGGACGUACACAUACCGUCUGCUCCUCGAAAUAUGUGGUCAGUGGUGGGUCGACGCUGUGCGUCUCAAUGCGUAUGAACGUAUUCUGGACCAAAGUAGAGACUUCUUCGAGAAAGAGGAGAAUGGUGUCUCAAGACUGACGGAGAGUCUCGACCGCAAUGCCGAAGAGAUGCGAAACUUGCUUGGUCGUUUUGCAGCACUAACGUACGUCGCUGCUCUAAUGACGCUCGUCUCACUGGCAUGGGCGAUGAGCUCUCAGUGGAAAAUGACACUCAUCGCGCUUUCAAUCGCGCCCUACAUCUUUGGAGUGACGAAGGUGUUUGCGGCCGUCUCCGAGAAAUGGGAAGGGCUAAGCAAUGAUGCGUCCGAAGCUGCCUCUGCCAUCUUCACAGAGACAUUCACCAACAUCAAGACUGUUCGUGCCUUGACUCUGGAGAAGCAUUUCCUGGCCAAAUACGUCAAAGCGACCGAUUAUACGCUUCGCGUCGGUAUGAAGCGAUCUGCCUAUGCAGGAUUCUUCUUUGGUCUGUCCGACUCCGCAGGCGCAUUCAGCACAGCAAUGAUCAUGUACGUUGGCGCCAAAUUUGUCACUCAAGGCGUCGCCGUCAAGGACGUACUGCAAGUCUUCACAAUGCUCAUCUUCACCAUCACCAAUGUGAGCGCUAUACUGGGCUUCAUACCUCAAAUCGGCAGUUCGAAGGACACAGCUUCAAGGCUUCUUCGUCUCGCCAAGAUGCCCAAAGACUCCCACGAGCAUCUCGGAGAUACUCGCAUCACCACGGUCGGCGACAUCGUCCUUGACAACCUUCGCUUCUGCUACCCAUCUCGUCCCGAACAAACAAUUCUCAAAAACAUCAACCUUAGGCUCCAACCCAACACCGUCACGGCCAUCGUUGGCGGCUCAGGAAGCGGAAAGUCCACAAUCGCGAACCUCCUCCUCGACCUUUACAGCACAGCGACCGUGCCAGGCUCCAGACCUGGCGACCUGACCUUCGGCGGCCGCGACAUCAAACACAUCUACACACCAUCCCUCCGAGCCAUGAUCGUGCCUGUCUCUCAGACGCCAACCCUCUUCGCCGCCACAGUCUCAGAAAACAUCGCAUACGGUCUCCCCAAAGACCAUCCUCGGAACACACCCGCUCAUAUCUCCUCGGCAGCCCAAGCAGCCACAAUCCACGAGUUCAUUCUCUCCUUACCUCAAGCCUACAACACGCCCAUCGGCGAAGGGGGAAUCGGACUCUCAGGAGGUCAAGCGCAACGUAUCGCGAUCGCGAGAGCGCUCGUGCGUAAUCCUUCCGUUCUGAUCUUGGAUGAAGCUACCUCAGCUCUCGAUGUGGAGUCUUCGAAUAUGAUUCGCCAGACGAUUCGAGAGCUUGUCGAAGACAGGAGCCGAGAGAUCACGAUUAUUAUCAUCACGCAUCAUAAAGAUAUGAUGGAGAUGGCGGAACGAGUUGUGGUUUUGGAUCAGGGUAGGAUUCAGGAGGAAGGUGGGUUUGAAGAGUUGAUGAGGAAGAAAGGUGGGGCUUUGAAUAAUUUGUUGUCUGGUGGGGAGUGGAAUGUUGAGGAUGCUGAGGCUGAGGGUAGGAGACCGGUUAGUGUAGUGAGGAGAAGGGGAAGGGGCGAUCAGCAGCAGGUGCCUUUGUUGAAGGAUGUGGAUUGGAGUCGGAAGAGGACAGAUGGAAGGGCUGGGAGGAGAGGUGGUGGUGGUACAUGA